AUGACUUCCUUUACAGUGGACGGAUUGACCGUCGCACCCAUUCUGAACAACUCCUUUGGAGCAGAGGUCUCGGGCAUUAAUUGGGAUCAGGUGCCUCUACCAGACGCAACCAUCAAAACCCUAAUAACCCUACAAAACAAAUACGCAAUCAUCAUAUUCCGCAACACCAACCUCGACAACGACCGCCACGUCGCCUUCUCCCAACAACUCGGCGCCCUCGAAUUAAACCCCGUCUGGGGAAACACCACGCGCGUCAACAACCAAUACCUGUUUGAUGUCAGCAACCUCGAAGCAGACGGCAGUGUCGCGAAAAGGGGUAGUAGACGAUGGGCGCAUUCUCUAGGGAAUGCGCUGUGGCAUACAGAUUCGGCGUUUAAUCAACAUCGAGCCAAGUAUUCGCUCUUACUGGCGCAUAGUGUGCCCGGAGAAGGGAAGGGGAAGACAACGUUCGCUGAUACGAGGAGGGCGUGGAGGGAGUUGGAUGAGGAGCGGAAGGGGGAGUUGAAGGAUGUUGUUGUUGAGCAUGAAUUGUGGCAUUCCCGCCGUCUCGCCGCACCGGAAGAAUACAGCGAACUCACGCCGGAAGAACGUGGCAAGAAACCACCUGCAUACCACCGUCUAGUCCAAAGGACGCCCAACGGGGAAGAAGAGACGUUCUUCCUCGCGGCGCAUGCGAAACGACUGUUUAGCAAGGAUGGGGAAGAGUUGGAGGAUAGUCAGAAGAAGAUUUGGGAUUUGAUUGCGCAUUGUACGCAGGAUAAGUAUACGUUUGUUGCAGAGUGGAAGUCGGCGGGGGAUUUGAUGUGGUGGGAUAAUCGACAGUCGAUGCAUCGCGCAAGUGCGUACGAUGAGAAGAUGGGGGCUAGGGAUGUGAGGAGGUCGACUGUGUAUGAUGAUGGGGAGGCCGCGAUGGGAGUUGCUACACCGGUUGGGGCGCUGACAACUCCAGUAACGAAGACGGAGACUGUUGUUUCUGUGACGCCAGUAGAGCAGGUUAAUGUUGUCUUGUAG